AUGGACUGGCUCUAUGAGGCGUCAUAUGCGGGCUUGAGCGCGGUCGCCGAUGCCUUGAUUGAGAAAGGCGCUGAUAUCAAUCGUCAGGGUGGCGAGUUUGGCAACGCCCUUCAGGCCGCUGCAUAUCGCGGCCAUGGUGAUAUCGUCAGAUUAUUACUUGAGAAAGGCGCUGAUCCUCAUGCUCAGGGUGGCGAGUUUGGCAACGCUCUUCAGGCAGCUUCAUAUCGCGGCCUCGGCGAUAUCGUCAAACUAUUACUUGAGAAAGGCGCUGAUACCCAUGCUCAGGGUGGCGAGUUUGGCAAUGCUCUUCAGGCAGCUUCAUAUCGUGGCCACGGCGAUAUCGUCAACCUAUUACUUGGGAAUGGCGUUGAUAUCCAUGCUCAGGGUGGCGAGUUUGGCAACGCUCUCCAAGCAGCUUCAACUGGCGGUCAUAACGAUAUCGUCAAACUAUUGCUUAAGAAAGGCGCCGAUAUCUAUGCUCAGGGUGGCGUCUUUGGCAACGCUCUUCAGGCCGCUGCAUAUCGCGGCCAUGGCGAUAUCGUCAAACUAUUACUUGAGAAAGGUGCUGAUAUCCAUACUCAGGGCGGCGAGUUUGGCAAUGCUCUUCAGGCAGCUUCAGCUGGUGGUCAUAACGAUAUCGUCAAACUAUUACUUGAGAAAGGCGCCGAUAUCCAUGCUCAGGGUGGCCAGUUUGGCAACGCUCUUCAGGCAGCUUCAUAUCGUGGCCAUUUCAAUAUCGUCAAACUAUUACUUCAGGAAGGCGCUGAUAUCCAUGCUCAGGGUGGCCAGUUUGGCAAUCCUCUUCAGGCAGCUUCAGCUCGUGGCCACGGCGAUAUCGUCAAACUAUUACUUGAGAAAGGUGCUGAUAUCCAUACUCAGGGCGGCGAGUUUGGCAAUGCUCUUCAGGCAGCUUCAGCUGGUGGUCAUAACGAUAUCGUUCAACUAUUACUUGAGAAGGGCACUGACAUCCAUGCUCAGGGUGGCCGGUUAUUGAAAAGGACAUGGAGGCAGCGGCUUUUAUACGCUUUAUGA